CUGGCAUAUUCGUAUAUAUAAACUGCACCUUUACGAUGAUUGUUUACUGCACAACCCCCGACCAAGAAUUCUGCUGCUUCGAAUCCGACAGAUAUGGCACAAGAACACACCAACCUUUCCCUAGGUGACAACAGCGAACUGAUCAACGCCUUCAGGUUAGGCCUCUCACUCACCGACAGCACAGGCCUGGGAUGCGAAGACGUGUGGGAGAUAGACCACGAGAAUGCCAAGACCCAAAUAUCCGAGUAUUUGCAAUACCUAACAGAUAGUUUCUGUCUGGCGCUUGAUUCCAAGGUCUUGGGAGAGGGUGAGCGGCUGAUCCGAACUCGAAUGGAUAUUAUCUUCUUCGUGCUGCUGGCCACGGUGAAGAUGAAUAUACAGAGCAGUGGAAGUCAUGGUACUGGUACCUAUGAUGCCAGCGUAGCUCCCUGUUGGGUGAGUCCAUAUGAUCUCACGAUUGGACAGAUAGAUGGAGAAAUGGAUCAUGUCACGAAAGAAUCUCCUCAGACGACCACCCGCGUGGAUUAUCUUCUUCGGUAUGGACCGGAUAUUGGGUUGCACACUAAUCUGGUUGUGCUCAGAAUGAGCACCAGCAAGCCUGACAGGGGCUGGGGAGUCCUGGCAGUUCUGGCGUCUAUCCAUCGUAGGCAGAAGAAAGCCGGGAUCAAAGCGGAUGUAUAUGGCAUUUGUACUGAUAGCCAUAAUUGGAUUUUUCUCCAUGUUGACAACACUGGCAAGUACUCCAGAUUGUAUCUUGACUGGGCUGAAAGCCACCAGCAGAUUACCAAUCACCUCUGCCACAUUGUUGGCCAGGCGGUGACCCUGGCUAAAGAGGUCGGAGGAUUCGAAGAGCCUGUUUAG